AUUGGCUGGGCGGCCGCCAAUAGCCCAGGUGCUAGAUGGGGCGAUAAGUGGCUGGGGGAUAUCUGGGGAAGGGCCCUGCUGCCCCUCUCCUGGGGAACUCUGCGCCCUGACCCCGCAGGUGGGGAGAAUGCCUGUCCAGCCCCGGUGCCUCUGUUACUGGCUGCUAAUCCCGCUCCUGCAGUGGGGGCGCGGGGAGCUGACCUACGGAGACCUCGAGGAUGAAAGUCAUUACCUGUAUUUGGAGGAGGAAGGCCCCUUUGCCGAGGAGGGCGGGUCGGCCCACUGCAGGGACACCUACCUGGAGUGGAUCACCCUGUACUGCUGGACCACCUUCCACGCCACAGUCAUGGCCACGCCAGAGUGGAGCCGGUGUCAGUGGGAGCAGAUCGGCAGGUCUGGACGCCCGUCCGCCCCCGACAGAUCCGCGCUUCCGAGGCGCUCUGGGGCUGGGAGCAGAGUGCAUGUAGUGCCGGGGCACGGGCAGGUGCCGGGGGAGAGCAUCGCCUCGCUGGGGUUUGCUCUUAGACGGGCUCUGGGACGCCGAGCACCCCGGCUUGGUAACGAUCCCGUGGGGGAAGGGGAUUUUCAAACAAGUCAGCGCUGCCGUGUGUCCUGUUUCCCUGCGCGCAGCUGUCAGCAUGCUGAGAGCAGGGCGCAUUGUGCAGUGCCUCUGGUGCGUGUGGCCUCCCGCGUGCAGGGAUGUGGCUGCUUUCCAGUGAACGGCUGGGAGCUUCCUGGAACCAGCUCCGAUGGUGCAGCCCAGCACUAA